UUGGAAAUUCUAAAUUUUCCAUCAUUAUACCCAUGGCCAUCUUUGGCCCAAACCUCAAAACUCUCCACCGCAGUAAAACCCCUAUCUUCUCUCUACCCCUCUCCGGUGACACAUCACCGGCGGCAAAACCCUAGGUUUUCCCAUCACAAGCGAGCAAAUGCAGACUCAAUUCACUUCAUAACAGCAUAAAUUGCCAGCUAAUACACACGUCAUGAAUGGUCCGACUGUAGAUCCGUUGCAGGGGGGUUUUCCGGAAGUGAUAGAUACGUAUUUGGAAUAUGGUGUCAUGAAAUGCAUUGCCUUUAAUCGCCGUGGUACUCUUCUAGCAGCUGGGUGCUCUGAUGGCAGGUGUGUUGUAUGGGAUUUCCAGACCAGAGGAAUCGCUAAGGAACUUAAGAACAAUGACCGUGUUGCUGCCAUAACUAGCGUUUGCUGGUCAAAAACUGGUCAUCACAUACUUGUAUCAGCUUCCGACAAUUCUUUGACUCUUUGGAAUGUUUCAAAGGGUGAAAAGGUCUUUCAAACAUUACUACAACAAACUCACUUACAAGCCCGCCUACAUCCUGGCGGCAGCGGUGGUUCCUCGCCACCAUCUCUUUGCCUAGUCACUUCAUCCUCUUCCGCUCCUUUUAUACUCGAUUUCCGUACCCACAUUACAACCGUGCUUCCGAUAUCAUCACCCGAUAACGCCACACACAACGUUUCAGAUGGAUCUUACAAUUAUACCACUACCGAAGCUUGCUUUAACAAGUCUGGGGAUCUGGUUUAUUUAGGAAAUUCAAUAGGGGAAAUUCUGAUAAUCGAUUAUAAAAACAACAAGGUUUGUGGUAUCGUUCAAAUUCCGGGUGGUGCGGCAAUAAAGAAUAUAGUAUUCAGCAGGAAUGGGCAACACGUUCUUACGAAUUCGAGUGAUCGUAUUAUUAGGGUUUAUGAGAACCUUUUGCCCUUGAAAGAUGCACACAAAUUUUUUGUUGGAAAUGAAUCUGUUGGAUUAAAGUGUUUAUCACUUCUUCGGGAGUUUCAAGAUUCCGUAACAAAAGUGCAUUGGAAAGCACCAUGUUUUAGCGGUGAUGGUGAGUGGGUUGUUGGCGGUUCCGCUAGUAAAGGAGAGCAUAAGAUAUACGUAUGGGAUCGGGACGGGCUUCUUGUGAAACUACUUGACGGUCCGAAGGAAGCUUUAGUGGAUUUGGCGUGGCACCCUGCUAAACCAAUUGUUGUUUCGGUGUCGUUUACGGGUUUAGUUUACAUUUGGGUAAAAGAUUAUACGGAAAAUUGGAGUGUGUUUGCUCCGGAUUUCAGGGAACUUGAUGAAAACGAGGAGUACGUGGAACAAGAAGACGAAUUUGAUUUGAUGCCUGAAACUGAGAAGGUUAAAGGAUCAUGCUUAAAUGAAGAUGAUGAAGUUGAUAUUAUUACAGUUGAGAAGGAAUCAACUUUUAGCGACUCGGAUAUCUCUCAGGAAGAAUUACGCUACUUGCCAGCACACCCUUGCCCCGAUAUUCCUGAGAAGCUUCUAGAUAGCAACAAUGUUGGAUCCCCACUUUCAAAUGACUCGAGUGAAACUGAUGACGUGGAGAACUAUGUGGUUGAAUACAUAGGCGGGGCCCGCGGUACAGUCAUGGAGGAUUCUGUGGUUGAAUAUACAGGUUGGACACGCGGUACCGUUGUGGAUAAUUCUGUGGUUGAAUACACAGGCGGGGCGCGUGAUACAGUUGUGGAGACUUCUGUUGUUGAAUACACAGGCGGGACGCGCGAUGUGGUUGUCGAGAGUUCUGUGGUUGAAUACACAGGCGGGACAUGCGAUGCGGUUGUCGAGGGUUCUGUGGUUGAAUACACAGGCGGGGUGCGUGAUUCAGUUGUGGAGAAUUCUCUGGUUGAAUAUACAGGCGGGACACACGAUGCAGUUGUCGAGACUGCUCUGGUUGAAUACACAGGCGGGACACGCGAUGCGGUUGUGGAGACUUCUGUUGUUGAAUACACAGGCUGGACGCGCGAUGCAGUUGCGGAGAGUUCUGCAGUUGAAUACACAGGUGGGACACUCUUGAAAAGAAAACGAAAACGAUCAAAGAAGUUGUUGGAAUUGCAGGAUAUAAAAGAUACACAGAAAACAAUAUUAUCAGAUUGUAGUUACAAGGAGAGUUUUUUAACUCCAGACUGUGAUUUACCCAUGACAGAACAAAAGAAAACUAAAUCCAAAUCAAUGGUUUGGAAUCAUUUCGAAAAACUCCAGAAAUCAGACAAAAAAGUUGCGGUUUGUAACUAUUGUGGUGCAAAUUUUGUUUCGGAAAAUGCUGGAACUACUCAUUUAUGGUACCAUCUUAGAGGAAAACACGCAGAAGUCAUUGUUCCAGAAGAAUGUAAUCACAUUGAUAUUAAAUCAACUACGGAUGAUAACGAGUCGAUGACGGAAUAUGAAGAAGUCGAACCUGCUAGCCGGCGGAAGAAAAGAUCCGAGGUUUGGAACUAUUACAAAAAGUUCACGAAACGAAACAACAAAAGUGUUGCGGUUUGUAACUUUUGUCAGAGAAGAUUUGUUUCUGGACCUGCUGGAACUCAUCAUUUGUGGAACCAUGUUAAGAGAAAACAUGCAAAAGAGGCGGAACUCGUUGUUUCUACGAACAAAUGAGUUCCGUGUGUUACAAUGGUGGGAAAUAAUGCUACCAAGUAUCCAAUUUUGAUGAAAUUAGUGACAUAUGUGUUGGUGGAUCCAGCAACAAUAGCAUCUUGAAGAUCUUUAAGUUGGCUACUUUCAAAUGUCUUAUUGAUCAUGAAAUUAGUGAUUAGAGUAGAUGAUUUGUUUGGUGUUCUUGGAUAUUUAAUAAGAGCUGUCUUGAUGACUAGAUAUAGUUUGUAGUUGGUAUGGAAGUUAAUAUAUAUAUAUUGGUUAUUUAAUUUA